CACAGACAGUCGCAGAACUGGACGGCACUCACCGGCAUUGCUGCUGCUUUUUUUUACGAGGAGGACACAGCAACACUCCAAGCUCAUAUUCUAACAUUACGCACGCGUGUGUGUGUGUGUGUAUGCGUCUGUCUGCCUGUGUGUGUGUGCGUGUCCGAACGAGACAUAAAGAUGGAUAUUUUGGAAACACAUGCCUACGAUAGCAGAAAGCGCAGAAACGCGUCUUGCGUUCUGUUUCUCUCCCUCCUUCCCUUCUUCCUCUCAGCUGCUGCUUACUUCCACCUAUGGCUGCCCGUCUCGUCGCCCUCAGUGAUGGCAGCCGCUGCGAAGUCGGCGCCGGUGAUCUUCCUGGCCCUGGUGGUGCUGUCCAAUAACGGCAUGGGGAGCCUCCUGGGCGUGGCAGGAGGACUGCUCCUCUCAGCGGGCGGAGACGUCUGCCUUAUCUGGCCCGAGCUCUUUCUCCAUGGCAUGGGCUCUUUUGCGGCAGCCCACCUGUUGUACUCCCUGUGCUUCCUCACGGAGCGCUACACCUACUUCAUCCCCUCCUCCUCCUCCACCUUCUUCUACGUCCUCUACCUGCUGCUGUGGCUGCUGGGGGGAGCCGUGUACGUCCACCUGCUGCCGUUCCUGCAGGAGGUGCCGGACGCUGCCGUGCUCACCCCGGGCGUGGGGGUGUACGUGCUGCUGAUCGUCGUCAUGGCGACGCUGGCCCUUCGGACGCGCCGACCCCUGACGCUGCUGGGCAGCCUGGUCUUCAUGGCGUCGGACGCGUGCCUGGCGCUGCAGCAGUUCGGGGUGGUGCCGCCGCACGAGUACGGUCAGCACGUCGUCAUGGCCACGUACUACUUGGCCCAGCUGCUGAUCGCCGUGGGUGACGUGAGGACAAAGGUGGACGAAGAUUCCACGAAGUGGAAGAGGUCUUGAGUGCUGACCCUGCCACAAAUGUGAAAUAAUGUGUGUGUGUGUGUGUGUGUUGAGAAUGUGUGUGUGUGUGUGUGUGUGUGUGUGUCUGUCCCAAUGCUUGAGAAAGAAAAAG